GCGCUUGGUCCGCUGUGAGCGAGUGACGGCGGCGUCCGUCCCGGGAGACCCAGCUGGAGAAACUCGGGCGGGACCGAGAUCCCGCUCGCAAUGGAGCCCGGCAGGCAGACUCGAGUCUCUCGGCCAUACAAGAUCAGUGAAUCCUCCAAGGUGUACCACUGGGCCGACCACUCGUCCACCGUGCUGCAGCGGCUCAACGAGCAGCGGCUCCGCGGCCUCUUCUGCGACGUCAUCCUGGUAGCCGACGAGCAGCGCGUGCCCGCUCACCGCAACCUGCUGGCCGUGUGCAGCGACUACUUCAACUCCAUGUUCACCCUCGGCAUGCGGGAGGCCUUCCAGAAGGAGGUGGAACUGGUGGGCGCCUCCUACGUGGGCCUCAAAGCCGUGGUGGACUUCCUGUAUGGCGGCGAGCUGGCGCUGGACGGCGGCAACAUCGACUACGUCCUGGAGACGGCCCACCUGCUGCAGAUCUGGACGGCAGUAGACUUCUGCUGUGAGUACCUGGAGCAGGAGGUCAGCGAGGACAACUACCUGUACCUGCAGGAGCUGGCCUCCAUCUACAGCCUCAAGCGGCUGGACGCCUUCAUCGACGGCUUCAUCCUCAGCCGCUUCGGCACGCUGUCCUUCACGCCCGACUUCCUGCAGAACGUGUCCAUGCAGAAGCUGUGCGACUACCUGAGCAGCAGCCAGGUGCAGCGCGAGUGCGAGCACGACCUGCUGCAGGCCGCCCUGCAGUGGCUCACGCAGCAGCCCGAGCGCGAGGCCCACGCGCACCAGGUGCUGGCUAACAUCCACUUCCCGCUCAUCCCCAAGAACGACCUGCUGCACCGCGUCAAGCCGGCCGUGUGCUCGCUGCUGCCCAAGGAGGCCGACUGCGAGGGCUUCAUCGAAGAGGCCGUGCGCUACCACAACUGCCUGGCCGCCCAGCCCGUCAUGCAGACGCGGCGCACGGCGCUGCGCACCAACCAGGAGCGCCUGCUCUUCGUGGGCGGCGAGGUCUCGGAGCGGUGUCUGGAGCUCAGUGAUGACACCUGCUACCUGGACCCUCAGAACGAGCGGUGGGUCCAGGAGACGCCGCUGCCCGCCAGGCGGAGCCACCACUGUGUCGCCGUGCUGGGGGGCUUCAUCUUCAUCGCGGGCGGCAGCUUCUCACGAGACAACGGAGGGGAUGCGGCGUCCAAUCUUCUUUAUAGGUAUGACCCCCGCUGUAAACAGUGGAUCAAGGUGGCCUCCAUGAACCAGCGCCGAGUGGACUUCUACCUUGCGUCCAUCGAAGACAUGCUGGUGGCCGUCGGUGGCCGGAACGAGAACGGAGCUCUCUCUUCAGUAGAGACUUACAGUCCCAGGACUGACUCCUGGUCCUACGUGGCUGGCUUGCCAAGGUUCACCUACGGCCACGCUGGCACCAUCUACAAGGAUUUUGUGUACAUCUCGGGAGGCCACGACUACCAGAUCGGCCCCUACCGUAAAAACCUGCUGUGCUAUGACCACCGGACGGAUGUGUGGGAGGAGCGGCGGCCCAUGACGACGGCGCGUGGCUGGCACAGCAUGUGCAGCCUGGGCGACAGCAUCUACUCCAUCGGGGGCAGCGACGACAACGUCGAGUCCAUGGAACGCUUCGAUGUGCUGGGCGUCGAGGCCUACAGUCCCCAGUGCAACCAGUGGACGCGCGUGGCCCCCCUGCUGCACGCCAACAGCGAGUCGGGGGUGGCUGUGUGGCAGGGCCGCAUCUACAUCCUGGGCGGCUACAGCUGGGAGAAUACCGCCUUCUCCAAAGCCGUGCAGGUGUAUGACUGCGAGAAGGACAGGUGGAGCCGGGGCACUGACUUGCCCAAGGCCAUCGCCGGAGUGUCUGCCUGCGUCUGCGCCCUGAAGCCGCAGCUGGAGGACAAGAAGAAGAAGGGCAAGGGCAAGAGGCACCAGGAGCGGAGCCAGUGAGCCUGGCUGCGCCACCGACAAGCCCUGGGAACGGACGCACUGCGCAGCUGCCGUUUUGACUUGCAUCACUCUUGGUCUUUCUGGGACACCGUAGUCGCGGAUGACGUAGUCGCAAUGACAGUGCCAUUGCCUAGCAGUCGGCUCACAGCCCUGUGGUAGCAACCAGCCCGCUCCACGCCCCGAACUGUUGUCCUCCCUGUGAGCAGCGAGGGCAGGGGGUUCAUGUUGAAACGAGGGGCCUCCUGAAACCUGGCUGAGCAUUUUUAGCGACAGAUUUCUGGGUCCCCUUCUAGGAGCCCAUGGGGACGCUGGGGGUUACAUGUUAGACUGCUCACGUGGUUCGGACCCUCCAGGGGCUCCUUGGGAGAAUGAUGACGCUGGCUGAUCCUGUCAAGAUUGACAGCCCUGGGGACCCCAGGGAGCAGAGAGUUGCUUUGCCCCAGAGGGUCGCCAGGCGUCCAAAUGGACUCUAUGGUGGUGGUGGGUUUGGUUUGGGUCCGCAGGCUGCCGUGAGUGGGGACGUGGGCUGGAGGGCAGGUCCUAGGGUGGUAAAGGAUCAGCCUCGUUCGGGCAUCAUCGUUGAGGUCAGUACUUCUCUGUUUUAUAAAUGAGAGGCGGAGCCCCCCAGGGAGUCCUGGAGUGAGCCAGAGUCACCAGGCUUGCCAGACAGUUGGGCACAUCUGGGGGUUUCCUGGCAGGGAGGUGCUGGUCCUGGGGUGUCCCCAACAGGUGGCUUGUCUCAGAACAAUCGUGGCUGAAAGGCAGGAAGCGCACCUCACUCGCUAGCUUGCGUUCCAUGGUUUUCCUUGGUUUGCGGGUGGUUUCUUGUUGGAAGCCACUGUUCUCACCUCGCAGGUGUGCUGAGCUCCUCAGACCCAAGGGGGUUGCUCAGGAACAAGAGGUGGGCUCUGCAGAAACUUUGUCAUCUGAGACUCCUGAAACCGAGGCACGAGCUCUGGUGCCUGAGAAAGCUGUGCAGCUGUGUCUCCGCCAACUCCAGCAGCUUCUCCCAGCCGUCUCCCACCACGGAAUUCAGUGUCUGGGCAAAGCACCUAACGGUUCUAAGGAUCUCUUGGGGCGCUGUGCAACGAGCUCUGGGGUUACUAACCACAAGGUCAGCUGUUCAAACCUACCAGCCAGUCCCAGUCCCAGAAAGAUUUACAGUCUCCGGAAC